UAUAUUUUAUAUACAAUUACUUUAUAUUGAAAUAAAAAUACGAAGCUAUUAUUUACACAUAAUUCAUCUUUGAGACUUGGACGUAACAAUAGAACAAACAUGAUCAAUGGUAUUACAGAUGGAUGAGCUAGAUGAGACUCAGCUGAAGAAUCAUGUGGACAGUCUGAAGCAGCAGCUACAGUUUAACAGAGACAAAACAUCCGUCACGAUUCCAGAGUUAACCAAAUGGAUAGAGGAGAAAAUGAACGAGGAUCCAUUUCUGAAUCCAGAUGUACUGAAGGACAACCCGUGGGUGGAGUCAAGUAAAUGUGUUCUAAUAUAGUGCAGGAGCUGUCACUCAUCACUAUGGCAGCAGGAGUGACUCCACCCACAGUCAUGGUUACACUGCCCUACUUUGACUAGGACAAACAUGCUAAUUAAAAUCUG